AUGGACGCAGAGACCACUCGAAAGGAACCAGAGCUCAUCAGAGAAAUUCUUGAAACGGUACGAAAUGAAGUCGGUCCUUUAUCAUUGGAGCCUGAAGAAAACCUGGUUGAAGUUAAUUCCAAACUGAAGCGACUAGAUGUGCUUUUAGAGCUAGAGUCAAAUGAUGUUCUCUUUAUAGGGAUAUGGGGGAUGAGCGGGAUAGGUAAGACAACCAUUGCCAAGAGGAAGCUUUCCAGUAGCCUUAUGAAUAGAAAUAUACAGGACUGGAACGUCUGUGAAACCGCCAGAAUGAGAUACUUCUUACUUCAGAUAAAGGUUCUCCUCAUUCUUGACGACGUGGACGAUAGUAGUCAGUUAGAAAAGCUUUGUGGAAACCCAGCUUGGUUUUGUCAAGGGAGUAGAAUCAUUGUUACGACUAUAGAUGAACAGUUGCUAAUAUCACAGGGUGUAGAAAGAAGAUUUAAGGUGCCGGAGUUGAGUCAUGUUGGCGCUCUUAAACUUUUUAGCUUGAAAGCCUUGAACAGAGAUAAUCCGCCUAAUAGUCAUAUGGAUCUGUCUAAAAGUUUUGUGAAUUAUGCCAGUGGCGUUCCAUUUGCUCUUGAGGUCUUGGGGUUAUCUUUGAAUGGAAGAGAUCUAGAUGCAUGGCGUGGUCAAUUGCAUAAACUAGGGGAUGAUUUCAUAUUUAAAGAAAAAAUUAUGAAGAUUUUUAAAAUAAUUUACGAGGGAUUAGAUAUGCAUGAGAAGGAUAUUUUCCUUGACAUCGCAUGUUCAUUUAAAGGAGAGUACAAAGAUCGACUAGUUGAAAUUCUAGAUGGUUGUGGUUUUAAUCCAGGUAGCGGCAUGAAUGUCUUUAUGAAGAAGUAUCUGAUAACAAUUUCAGAUAACAUGGUGUGGAUGAAUGAUUUGUAA